UCUGGGGACUUGCCUUGAGGAGUGUCUAACUUUACAUAGAGCUGAGAUGAUCCCCUGAGGGGAAGGGAAGAACCCCCAUGUAUUGUAGGACUCUUCCCCCUGCACACUCAUUAACACCUCUGGGUGCAGCAGGUACCCUGGCAGGGCGGGGGCUGCUCAGCCCCUUUCUGUCUGCAUUGAGGCUCUUGUCCAGGUAUUUUACCUGUGCAGGGCACCCAGCACCCAGGGAGGACCUUUCUGCCAUAACCAGCAUAUAAGCUUCUGCCCCUUUUUGAAAAGUGUAAGUGCUUUCAAAACACGGUAUUUGGGUCUGUAGAGCUAUAGCCAGGCACCUUUCCUGCACGUUUCCAGGAAUUGAUAUGAGGAAUGUGUGCAGGCAGACAGGUUCAAGCUCCUUUUACAGCUUCUAGUUACCAUAGUAAGCUGGUGUGGAUAACGCGCUUGCAGAGCCUUGUGCCAAGCUGCUAUGCCCUGCCUUUCCGGGCCUAGCUGUAUGGGCAUGCCCAGAAUAGAUCUGGAUCUUUUUGUUUGACUUGUAUUUUCUGCUUUGGGAAUGGAGCAGUGUGCCUCUUCCUUCCCAGACUGGAGUGGUCUGUGCCUCUUCUUUUAAAGCAGGGAGUGGGAAAAGACAAUAGUGUAUUUCUUUUUGGUUGCCUCUUUCAUGAGUGUUUGGACUGAACCAAAUGAGUUUCCUGGCAGUGUGAAAUAGUGUGACAAAAAAAAGUAAGAAAUCUGGGUUUUAAAGCCACAUUCUGAGCUUUCCUUGGAAAGAUGUGGCAGGUGGCAAACCCCCCAAGGAAGUGUCUUGACUUCUAUUUCUAUUCCAUCCUCUUGCUGUAAGAAAGAUUACAUUGGUCCCUCUGCAGGCUGAUGUUUUAUGUAGUCUGUUUGUUGCCACCUGACUGUGUUCAACUCACCCUCCAGCAAUUUACUGGAAUUCUCAUCAAUGAGAAGAAGUAGGUCAUCAUAGCACAGUUUGGCUAGGUUUGGGUGGAAGAGGUUUCGCUGUAAAGUUUUUGUGAGUGAGAAAUCUCUUUGGUGCUACUCGGCUAGUUUCACCAGCACAUCUGGCCGCUUGUGUGCAACUUGCAGCUGUAGUGUCUUGCGUUGCAUCACACUUCUGCCAGAACUGCAGGAGAACCUCUGCCUCUCCGCGUAUGUAGCGUGGCAUGAAUGGAAGAUGGUGCGGCUUCUUGCACCUUGAAAGAUGGGGGGGUUUGUUCAGCCUGUACUCAUGUUGUGAAGUCAGCUGGCUAUUACCAGCCCAAAUUAGCCAGCAUGGGUUAAUUUGACCAGCUGAAGAGUACUGCUGUGGUCCCACAUGAAGCUUUUGGCAUAGGCUAGAGCUGGGUGGGGAUGGGAAUACUGGUAGAGCCCAAGAAGGUUGCUGUGAUGAAUGUAGGUUUCGUGGCAAAUGGGAUGUGGGCAGCAGAGGCUCAAUACUACUUCAGGCUUCCUGUGGUCUAAGCCAUGAUGGUUCAGAAAGUGGUGUUUAACUCAGCAGGAGCCAGAAUCAGAGGAUAUCCACUGUUUACUAGUUGUAACAUGAACACCUUGGUUUUGGGCUGAAUUACUUUGCACUGAAAAUAAAUGUUACAUAUAAAACCAAAAUAUAUGCAAGUGGAGGCUUUGCCUAGCCUACAGAAAUGUUGCUGAUGUGGACAAGUCCCAAGGAGUUUGCACAAAGCCAAGGUUCUGCCAAAGACUUAAUGCUAAAUCCCUACCUUCCCCUUAAUCUCAGGGAUUCUGUGUCAAGUUCUGCAACCUGAAUUAACAUCUGACUCUCCUCCAGCAAAGUCAAGCCCAGGAGAAGGGUUACCCUGACCUGUUUCAGAGCCCUGUCAGGUCCCACAGGAAAGGACGGAGAGGACUGCACUCUCCCUAGGCAACAAACUUUUUAGGGUAGAGGGCAAGGACUUCUGGUCUGAAGCAGAGGGUGACAAGAACUGCUCUGUCUCUGAAUCUAUCAUGGAACAGAUCAAUGGAUCUGUCCAGAUGGAGCGUGUGCUGCUGUACACCUUCCUGGAGGUGUCCCCUGACUGUAAGUUCAGAGAGCAGCUGCAUUCCCUGCAAAGCCAGGGGAUUGUGUCUUUCCCAAAAGGCAGCUAUGGCUAUGAUGAUGAGGUGGAACUUCAGACUGAUGGCAAUCGGAGUGGCCACUUGCAGAAUGGUGAGCUAGUGUUUGACCCUGAGGUAAAUGAAGAAGUUAUCCGGAUCAUUGCUGCUCAGCUUGCUGAGAUUGGAGACCAGUUUGAUAAAGAAAUCAAAGCAAGAGUAGUAAAUGAUCUAGCGCAGCACUUUCUAAAUGAGAAUCUGUCUGGAGAGGAGAUAACCCAGCGCAUGUCGGAGGCAGUGGAAGGGCUUGCACGAGCCAUCCCCUCAGACAUGGAACAGGAGAAGGCCAUGUUGGUGCUAGCAAUGGUCUUAACUAAAAAAAUUGCGAAUACAAUGCCUUCCCUUCUACAGCGUGUCUUCAGCACCACCGUGAACUACAUUAGCCAGCAGCUCCACAACUACAUUGUUAGAAUGCUGCGUGAGUGAGCUCUCCAGCCCUCUGUGUGGAGAAUGUGGAUUCCUGAAGACUUUACUUCUCUUGAUGUACAUGAAUCACUUCUUUAGCUCCUAACUUCUGAGAUACAGCUGUGAAAGGGAAGGCAGAGCUUCAUAGAUAGGCUUUUGUAGACUAGCACAGCAAUGAUGGUAGUGUGAGCUGCAUGCCAGCUCUGCCAGUACACGUAAGGAGUAGUGCUUGCCCUCUCUCAUUUUACAUUAGUUUUUUUUCUUUUUUUUCCUGUUUUUUUUCUGGUGUUUUUGUUUUUUUUAAUCUUAGCAGUAGCAGACUUUGUGCAGACCCUGGCUUGUGCGUCCAGAGGAAAUGCUGUGGGCACAGGAUCUGCCCUCUCAGUAUUUUUUUUUUCUAAUCAGCUGUAGCAUUUUGCUUUAGUUAUGCUCUUCCCAGCCCUGCUCCUUGUGCUGCAGCUGAGCCAUGCUGAGUGUUAAUUGUUCCCAGGAAGGCCUCAGGCUGUACAAUGGGUGGUUGAUCAGCACAGAUCACCAAGGGGGGGGGUGGGAAUCGGGUCUAUCUUAGAGGGGGGGAGCUGGCAGCAAGAGGGAGCAGCCCUAAAGGAGGUAGGAGGGUUUGGCCAGGGAAGGCUGAAGUAAAGAUGCUUCAGUAUCAAUUGCCAUAAACCUGUGCUUGCUUGAAAAAUAAAACCAAACAAGAAACGGUAAAAGGGCAGGUGUAGGUACAGGGCACAUUCUUUCAGGGAACACAACCUGGAUAUGCUUGAGGAAAAGUGUUUAGCUUUAGAGUAUCUUGCUAUAAAGAGAAAGAAGGUAUCAGCCUUGGAUCAGGAAGCAUACCUGGCAUCUCUUAUGAGUGUAUCGCAGUUACAUCUCAGGAUCAACAAACUUGGACUCAGGUUGUUUGAUACAUACCUGUAGUCCUACACAAGGUGGCAAAGGCUUUACUGGUGAUCCAGCUGCCUCAGAAGUUUUGAAAUGAUGUAAAUAUUUUGUGGAAUUUUUUAACUUAAAUAAAAUUGUCAGUUCUCAUGGCAA